UUGACAACUGUCAAGCACGCAGCUGUUACAUUGGCGUAAAAUAAAAUGUCAGUGUUGUAAUCUAGUUAAAAACGUAUUAUGGAUUUAACACAUGUUUUAAAAUAAUGCAUUUUUUCGUUGGGAUGAAUGUAAAAACACCGUGAUUAGCAGGAUACUCAUUCUGGAUAACUGAUGUCCAAAGCACAUUUCUGAAAUUUAGUGUUUUUGUCUGUACAGUUAUAAUAAAAUUAUGGCGUCACAGGAAAAUAAUCUUAUAGUGGACUCAGGAGAGAAGCUAUCUCAGCAGCAAGAAAUAUCCGAUUUAAAGUUGCAGCUCAAUGCUUCGCAACAAACUAUAGCUAGCUUGGAAUUAAAAGUGAGACAAAAAGAAGAAAUUAUCAUAAAAUCCCAAGCCGACUCGUUUAAACAAACGGAGGCCCUAAAAUCUGACAUAAAAAAAUUACGGGAGCAGUUGAAGGAGACGUCCCAAAUUUUAGAAAAUAGUUCAACGUCGGAACUACAAGAGGCCCUUAAAGCAGCUGAAGACAAGGCUGCCAAAGCUUUAAAUGAUCUCCAUGACAGGAUCGAGAAGGACCAGAAAAUGAACCAAAUUCUGGAAGAGUAUGAAAAAACAAUAGCAACGCAUGACACCGAAUACAAGAAACUGAACGACCUGCAUGAAACUGUUAAGGGCAACUUGGCAACUUUAGAAAUGGCAUUCCACGACGUUAUUCAGAAAUACGAGCGGGCCAAAGCCGUGAUCGAGGGCUUUAAGGCGAACGAAGAAGUGUUUAAAGAUAACAUCGAAAGAAUGGAAAAGAAUCUUAAAAUGGAAGCGCAAAGAUACGAAUCUCUCAAAGCCCAUGCUUCGAAACAAAUAGAAAAGGCGAAUAAGGAAAAUAUUUUCUUAAAGAGUCAGUUUGAAGCGCUUGAACUGAAACAAAACGCAAUUAUUAAGCGGUUGGAGAUCAAAACUGCAGCUCUGGAGAAUUCCCUAGAACAGAAAACGAAAGAGUGCGAGGAGUUGGCCGCGCUAUGUGAUGAAGUAACGGGCAAAAAAGUGUAAAGCAAAGCCGCCGAUUUAUUUUAUUGUUUAUUAUUUGUUUUACUUAAGCAUAUGAUAUGGUAAUUUUUGUAAACACUUAACUGCUUUUCUGAAAUAGACAUGGAAAGAAA